CACACUCACUCUCUCUCUCUCUCUCUGAUAAAUACAGGCUGGUUUUCAGUGUAUGGAGCACACACCAGUGUUUGUGGAUAUCAAGUUGAUGUGUCCGCUCACAUACAGUAUGUGAUGAAUGGCCCCUGAAAUAGCAGACAUGACAGUACAGGAACACCUGGGCAGUCCUGUGGGGGAGGUCAAGUUAAUGCCCGAGCAUGAGCUGAAGAAGGAACUCAGUGUCUGCAGCCAAGAAGUAACACAUUAUCACCUGCCCGCUGAGGAUCGUGCAGCAAUCACUGACAGCAGUCUGUGCAAUGAGGAGCCAUUCUGUAGGAUCUGCCAUGAAGGAAGGACGUCAGGGGAACUGCUGUCCCCCUGCGAGUGCUCUGGUAGCCUGGCCAUGGUGCACCGGGCUUGCCUUGAGCACUGGCUCACCACCUCCAACAGCAGCCACUGUGAACUCUGCCACCACCAGUUUACACUGGAACGCCUCCCAAAACCUCUUGCUGAGUGGUUGUGUUCCGCAUCCAUGCAGCAGCAGAGGAGGACACUGUGUGGUGACAUCAUUUGUUUCCUGUUCAUCACGCCGCUGGCCGGCCUAUCAGGAUGGUUGUGUGUUCAAGGAGCCAUGGACCUCUACAACACCAACGGCAUGGAGGCCAUGGGGCUCUUAGUCCUCACACUGGCCCUCUUUACCAUAUACGUCUUCUGGACCGUGGUGUCUGUCCGCUACCACAUGCAGCUGUUCAAGACGUGGAAGAGGACUGACCAGAGGGUGCGACUGCAGAUUCCCUCGCCUUCCCACACCACACACAACCAGCAGGCCCUGUCCAUAAACACUCUCUGCAAGGCCACCAACAAAGAGACUAUGGUGUAGGUUUGGAAGAAUCGUUGAGAAGCUGUAGGACUACACCAGUCUCUGGAGCCUCUUUUGGAAAAUGAGUGCCAAGAACAAAAUGAAAAGUGAAAAGUAACAUCUUGUGGCACUGUCUCCAAAUCAGAGACACAUCACAGCAUUUCAUUUGUCUUUAUCCACCUGUACCCUUUUUUUAUCAUGGUGAUAGAGGGACAUGUAACAAAGCCCCAUCUGGAAUCAAAAGAAUGAAGCAGAAAGAAUGUUGUGGAGCACACUGGACAGUCCCACUAUUUUUAGUCUUUGUGAUGUAACAGUGAGUGGCAGCAGGAGCAGCAACUUUAUUCAAACACGAAUCGACAGCCACGCUCUGUGAAGCUCUACUUUUGAUUUGUUUGUAUGUCAAACUUUUCUUGGUCAGAGCAAAUCUGUUAUUUUAAAUAAUGUUGCCUUUGUAGGAAGAUUGUCUUUCUGUUGAGUUCUCAUUUUUUGCAUUCUUGAAGUAGAAAUGUUGUGAACUGCUCAGUGACUGAACUGCUUCAUCUUCUGCAGACAGCAAUGCAGGGCUGAUAUUCCUCAUAUGAUCAUGGACGUUUCCAUCACGGGAAACAAAAAGCACUGACAUGGAGUCACAUCUCCCUUUACUGAACCUCUCUCUC